UCCGCUGGGCGUACUUGCAGUCGGGCAUGCAGGCACUGUUGCAGGAGUGCCCGGGCCUGCGGCAUCCUACCGCCAUCAGCCAUGGCUCGAGACCGCGGAGCUAUCCAACCACUUUUAGCCGACCGCCACGCUGGCUCGCUUCCGGUGCACGUAUGGACAGGGCGGGGCCUCUGCCUGACUCUCGGUUGUCCCGGAUGUGCUUCCUCCGAAAGAGUAUUUUAACCCCCUCAGCAGGGAGUACCCAGCUCAGUAGAAGGCGCUUAUUGGUACUUUGAAAUGAGUGAGAAAGGCUCAUCGGGCCUCUUUUUCCUACUCCGAAAGCUUAGGUUUCCAGGUCUAUGAUCCACCUUGAUGAUGACAGUUACUGUGGGUCAGGAAUCUGGCACAACUUAGGUCCUCUCCUUCAUGAUCUCUCACAAGUCUGAAAUCAACGGGUCAACCAGUGCUGGCAUCACAUUUGAAAGUUAUCUGGAGCUGAAAGUGAGACGCUAAAACAAAGAAGAACACAAAUGAUGUCUCGAGGACUUCCAAAGCAAAAACCGAUAGAAGGUGUUAAACAAGUUAUAGUUGUGGCUUCUGGAAAGGGUGGAGUUGGAAAGUCUACUACAGCAGUGAACCUUGCACUUGCACUAGCAGCAAACGAUUCGUCAAAGACCAUUGGUUUGUUAGAUGUGGAUGUGUAUGGCCCUUCAAUUCCAAAGAUGAUGAAUCUGAAAGGAAAUCCAGAAUUAUCACAGAGCAACCUAAUGAGGCCUCUUUUGAAUUAUGGUAUUGCUUGUAUGUCUAUGGGCUUCCUGGUUGAAGAGACUGUACCAGUUGUUUGGAGGGGCCUUAUGGUAAUGUCAGCCAUUGAGAAGCUGUUGAGGCAGGUAGAUUGGGGUCAGCUGGACUAUUUAGUUGUUGACAUGCCACCAGGAACUGGAGAUGUGCAGUUAUCAGUCUCUCAGAAUAUUCCCAUUUCAGGUGCUGUGAUUGUUUCCACGCCCCAGGAUAUUGCACUGAUGGAUGCACACAAGGGGGCUGAGAUGUUUCGAAAAGUUCACGUACCUGUUCUGGGCCUUGUCCAAAACAUGAGUGUUUUCCAGUGUCCAAAAUGUAAACACCAAACUCAUAUUUUUGGUGCUGAUGGUGCAAGGAAGCUAGCACAGACUCUUGAUCUUGAUGUUCUAGGAGACAUUCCCCUGCACAUUAACAUAAGGGAAGCUUCAGAUACGGGCCAUCCGAUUGUGUUUUCACAGCCUGAAAGUGAUGAGGCCAAAGCUUACCUGAGGAUUGCUGUAGAAGUGGUAAGAAGAUUGCCACCACCUCCAGAGUGAUUCUCCAAGCAUCCUGAAAAAUUUUCUGGUAUUGACAUUAAGAGAACCUUUGGAUAUCAGCAGUGUAAUGAUGAACCUUUAGAAAUAAUAGCAAUUAGUUGUUUUCUUGUGUUUUGGAAGAGAUAAUGUCUUAUUUUCAGGUUUGAUUUCCUAAGCAGUGAUUCACAAAUAAAAAUUUUAUAUAUCAGUGCUAACUACCACACAGGAAUCUUAUUUGAAAGCUUAUAUGAGCCAAGUCGAACUGCACAGAACUACAUUUUAUUUUAUUGAUACCCCUUGAGAAAUUAUUACUUUUUGAUGUUAAAAGCCUAGCCCUUGAUUCUAGAGAGAACUAUACUCUUUUUGUUAGACUUCAGAAUUAGUCAUUGAAAGGAUUACUAAAUUUGUACAUUCGCAUGUGUAUGACACCUACCCACCAAGCUCUUUGGUCUGAGUUUGAAUCUAAUACUAUCUUGAACAAGUCUUAAUAUAGAUAAGCCUCUGCUUCUUCAUCUGGACCAGGCUCGGUCUCAGACUUAACAAAUCUGAAUCUCCAGGAGUGGGGACCUGGAUAUGUGUUGUUGUUGUUGUUGUUUUUUAAUCAGAUCAUGAUGAUUUUGAUGAUGACUGAGAUUAUGAUGGCAACACCAAGAAUAGCAAACAGUUAUCAAGUGCUUUCUGUGUAUCCUUAUAGUUAAUCUUCCAUUCAUAUGAGUGGGAUACUGUUGUUAUCUCCGUUUUACAGAUGAGGAAACUGAGGCAUGGAGAGACAAAGGUUACUCUUCUGGCAAGUGAUGGAGUUGAUACUUGAACUUCAGAAGUUAGAUACUGGAGGAUAAUGGAUCCCUUCUUUUGUAUACCAAGUGUAUUAAUUUCAAAAGAGGGAUAUGAUUUUUGGCAUUUCCUCAAACUUAUUUGAUCAUGAAUUUUUUUUUAAGGAGUAUUUCUUGGAAUUCAUGUUUCAAAGAAUACUCAUUGAAAAACAUGUAUCUAGUCUAGUUGCGGCUCUGAGAGAUAGCUGUAAAGAUACAAGUACUGAUAAGACUGAGUCAUUAGUUAACCCCCAGUUAUAGUCAAGUGGCUUAUGACCUUUGGCAAAUGCCUUGACCUCCUUUACUCUGUACUUAAGCAGCCAGAAAAUUAGGCUAAGAAUUGCAUAUCAAUUAAUACAUGUGCUGCUAUAUCUGAACUGAAAUUUCCUGGGCCAAAUUACCCAUACUAAUUAAUUUCAUGAAUAAAAAUAUUUAUUGACA